AUGGGGAAAGAGUCCUGUUCCUCCUCCGCCUCUCCUCAGACUCCCGGCAGGGAACCUGGAGCGGUCAUCGAGAGCUUCGUCAGUCACUCUCCCGGGGUCUUCUCCGGAACCUUCUCAGGCACCCUGCCUCCCGUCAGCCAGAGUGGCGUCUCCCACCCAAGGCGAGGCAUCGCCACCAUCCUCCAGAUCCUCAACGACCUGCUCAGCGCCACACGCCACCACAAGGGGGCUCCAGCCUCCCUCUGCCAGCUCCGCGGCCCCGGCCCGGCCUCCUCCUCCUGCCCCCUGACCUCUGACCCCCCCGCCGCCGCCACCACCUCCUCCAGAGCUACCUCAGAACCCAGCACCACCAGCAGCCUGAGGCCAGCCCCCCAGCAGACCAGCCCCCCAGCAAAACACACAGAUGAAGGAAGUUGUCCCCAGACGCCGUCAUCCUCCGAGGAGAACCGAGCGCUCCGUUGUAAGCUGGAGAGCCUCCAGCUGCUGAUGUACCAGCAGCGUCUCCGCAGACGGGCGCGGCGCGGCGCUCACCCCUCGCACGCCUCCGCGCACCCCUACUCCCAGCGCCUCCGCCACCCCUGGUCGCCCGGGCAACGCAAGGCGGCCCGGCGCCACAGCAACGGCAGCCUGUCGGGCAGCGAGGGGACGUCCCAGGACGACACGGAAGCGGAUGAGGUCAUGGAGGGGUCUCCGUGGAAACCGGAGCUGACCUCUGACCUGGUGGUGGCGUGAGAACAAAGGAGAGAGGUGUGCAGCGAAGCAGAGCGAUGUGCGGUAGAGAGAAGUGAGAAAGGAAAGGAGGAAACAACCAGACUUGUGGAUAAAACAGCAGACAAGCUCUGCGUCGCCGUCCUUGAAUGUCUGUUCUGGAAUCAGACUUGUUGCAGCUCUACAGGGAACUUGCAGAGGAGCCUAUGAAACAGGAAGUAAGGUUCUCCCUGACAGGAAGCACUAGUAGUUUCCAUACUCUCCCUCUCCACACGUGACUUUCCCCACUUCCUGUUCUAUACCAUCUGAUUCUGACCCAACAGGAAGCACUGUAACAUUAACCCACACAAACACAUUUAAUUAAUCCCUUUUCCACCAGCAGUCGCUGGUGUGGGUACUUGGGGAGGGGAGUGUCACUGAAAACAUGUAGCAUAGAAUCACGUGCUGUGGAUCAGCGUUAUCCAACAGUCUCGUCUAAUGAAGCUAGAUGUGCUGCAGCCAGAGAAACUGGACAGGGCUCAAGGCCAGUCGGAUUGACGCACUCAUCUUUAUAAGCACUGUCGUACAUGAAUGUUGGUGUCCCGUGACUAAUUAAUGCCUUACGCAUGCAUGUCUUGUCAAAUGUAUAUAGUAGUUAGACGCUGUAGAAAACAAACGUUUGACUGAAGCAAUAUUUCAAUGUCGUCUUUUUUUAAUCAGUUUAGGAAUUGAAAUUAAAAACCUAGUAGGAAAAC